UUGGAAUAUACAGGCGGAGUGCCAUACAGUAUAUUAAAACCAAUUUUGGAAAAAGCCACUCCAGAUCAACUUUUCAAUAUGGAGCAUCAUAACCCAUAUUUAAUCGAAGACACUGAUGAACUGUGGUUGUUACACUCUCAAAAGGAAUUCCGGACGAAGAAAAGAGAAGAGCUAGAAUCAUGGCGUGAUAUGUAUAUGCGUUGUCUGGAUGAAAGAGAAGCAAGACUAAGUGCUAUAACGGCAAACAUCAAACAAUCUCAGGAUAAAUCAAUUCCAAUUAGAACUACAAAACUUGCUUAUGUCGAUUCUGUAGUGAAGCCUCCUAGAAAUGUUGCUCGUCAACAGUGCCUCAAAAUGAUGAGUAAACGAAAAUUAGGUUCCCGAAUAGUUCUGAAGAAACGAUUAUUUUACUGAAGCAAACUGUUAGUCAUUAAUACUUACUUAUUUUCUGCAUUUUACAUCUGAAAAUAAAUGUAUAGUUCAGAAA